ACGUUUCUCGCGCAGAUGGAUUAUGGAGCACACCAGCCCGUCCGCAAGUUCGCAAGUGCCGUGUCCGUUCAACACUUUUUUUUCCUCCCUUCUCCUUUUCACAACGACUCUAGACUCUUCUUCUUCUUCUCUCUUUCCUCCUCAACUCCGGCAAUCUCGGGAUCCUUCUUUGUAAUACUUUUUGAAUUAGGCUUCUUUCUUCCUUUCGUACUUAAUCAGUCGACAGCGAAACCUUUUCAUCCGGUGUUUCCUCAAGACUUGACCUCUGCCUACCGUGUUGUCGCAAAAGCAUCUCCCACCGCCCUUUGCGCAAAGAAGCCCGAAGACAACCACCACAUAACAACCAAAUCCCGCACGAACAAAACCGACCAAGAUGGACGGAAUAGCCAAUGUUGUGACGGUCCUGGGUGAUCGUAUCACCAACAAUGUCAAGGGCACCUUCGCCAACAUGACGGCGGAGAAGUGGAUUCGCCUGAUCAUCAUUGUCGGAGCUUACGCCCUGUUGCGCCCCUACAUCAUCAAGCUCGGCGGAAAGGCGCAGAUGAAGAAGCACGAAGAAGAAUCCGCUGAAGCCCUCAGGGGCACCAUUUCCCCCAACGAGCUGCGCGGACAAAAAGCCAUGGUCCGUCUUCCUGGUGAGGACAGCGACUCGGAAGACGACGAGGCGCAAAACGGAGAGUCUUCGGCGGCGGACUGGGGCAAGAAGGCCCGCAAGAGGCAGCGCAUGGUCAUCAAGAAGCUCAUUGAGGCCGAGGAGGACAAACUGCGGGAGAGCAAGGAGGAAGAGGAGGAUAAGGAUAUUGAGGAGUUCCUACUUAAGGACUAGAAAAAAGAACUGGGUUCGGGUUUGGGUAUGACUGACGUUGGAUGAUAUUAUACAUUAAAGUAUGGAUGACGACGACGAAUACAUAAUAAUCAAAUAAUAAUGCAUUUACGAGACAAGC